UCUUCCCCAAUUCUUUCGUCGUCUUCUUCUCAUCCAUAGCUUCCGUAUUCAUCCGACGAGAGAAGAAGCAAAACUCGACUUUUCUCUGGGUUUUGAUCUUUUAGGGUUUCUUCGAAAUUGGAUGGAAACCUCAACCGCAGCUCAAGAUAAUUGUAAAGGACGAAGCUUUCGUUGUUUCCAUUGUAGCAGAAACUGUUGUCUCUAUUGCUGUUUCAGCUGAGAAUUCUCGAUUUCUCUCCUUCUCGUUUACUAUUUUUUGGCGGUAAUUGGGUUCUUUCUGGAUUUUGGGUAUGGAUCGUACUGCUCAAUCAGAUCUCUCUUUAGGAUUUGGUAGCUCCCACGCUUUGCCGAUACCUCCGAGAAUCCCAAUUGCUGAUGACUCAAUCAAGCUUCAGAUUGAUUCCAGUUUCCGCCAAUCGUCUAAUCCUAUGCCUCCUGUUCCGCUUCAGUUGCUUGAGCAGAGAUUCGAUGACACCGGAUCGCGUAGCCGAGUCGUCGAGGAAGAUGAUGACGCUGUUGGUGAUUAUGAUGAAGAUGGUGAUGAUGAUCAAAGGGAAGAGGAGCAAUUUAUUCUCUUGGGUCAUCCUAUGAAGUUAAAACGGUGUAGAGGUGGUAAUUCCAAUUCAAUGAUAUCAUCAAGUUCUUGUAAGAGAUUUGCAGCUGGUUCAGGGAUUGAGACUAGACGAGCUAUUGUUAAGGCUUGGGGUAAUCAGUCGAUUGAAGAAGCUGAUCCUGAGAUUCAUGAGUUUAUGGAAAAGGAAAAGCAGAGACAAUUUAGAGGUAUUGAGCUUAUAGCUUCUGAGAAUUUUGUGUGCCGGGCUGUCAUGGAAGCUUUAGGAAGCCAUUUGACUAAUAAGUACUCGGAAGGUAUGCCCGGAGCUAGAUACUACACGGGGAAUCAGUAUAUUGAUCAGAUUGAGAUUCUUUGCCAAGAGCGUGCGCUUACUGCUUUUGGACUAAAUCAUGAGAAAUGGGGGGUUAACGUGCAGCCUUAUUCCUGCACUUCCGCCAAUUUCGCUGUUUUCGCUGGUCUUUUGAUGCCCGGUGAACGAAUUAUGGGAUUGGAUUCUCCCUCAGGUGGUCAUAUGAGUCACGGGUAUUACACACCAGGUGGAAAGAAAGUCUCGGGUGCCUCUAUAUUCUUUGAAAGCUUUCCAUAUAAGGUUGACCCUCGUACAGGGUAUAUUGAUUAUGAUAAGCUUGAGGAAAAGGCGCUUGACUAUCGUCCCAAAAUACUUAUUUGUGGUGGGAGUUCUUAUCCGAGAGACUGGGAAUUCCCUAGGUUUAGGCAUAUUGCAGACAAAUGUGGAGCUGUUUUGAUGUUUGAUAUGGCCCAAAUUAGCGGUCUUGUGGCUGCCAAGGAAAGUCCAAAUCCAUUUGACUAUUGCGAUAUUGUUACCUCAACGACACACAAGUCUCUCCGUGGACCUAGGGGCGGUAUCAUAUUUUAUAGGAGAGGCUUGAAGCCCAAGAAGCAAAGCAUGAAUCCUAGUCACUGUGAGAGCAGUACUCAAUAUGAUUACGAAGAAAAAAUCAACUUUUCUGUCUUUCCAUCGCUGCAAGGAGGGCCUCACAAUAACCAUAUAGCUGCUUUAGCCAUUGCCCUCAAGCAGGCCGCUUCACCAGAGUACAAGCUUUACAUGCGACAGGUAAAAAAAAAUGCUAAAGCUUUAGCAUCUGCUUUGAUAAGCAGAAAGUGCAAGUUGGUAACAGGUGGCACCGAUAAUCAUUUGCUUCUCUGGGAUCUGAGUCCUUUGGGCUUGACAGGCAAGGUGUAUGAGAAAGUAUGCGAGAUGUGCCAUAUCACUGUCAACAAAGUCGCCAUUUUUAACGAAAACGGCGUUAUUUCCCCUGGAGGAGUGAGAAUAGGUAGUCCGGCUAUGACCUCAAGAGGAUGUUUAGAACCAGAUUUUGAGACAAUGGCAGAGUUUCUAUAUAGAGCUGCUCAGAUAGCAAGUGCUGGACAAAGGGAACACGGGAAGUUGCAAAAGGAGCCACUCAAAAGCAUCUAUCACAGUAAAGACAUUGCAGAUCUUCGGAACCAGGUGGAAGCCUUUGCAACUCAGUUUUCAAUGCCUGCAUUUGACAUGUGAGUCGUCAGCCUGAAGAAAGAGACCAGCUCAAUCUCUCUUCUCAUUAUUUUUGUUGCCAUGGUAAUCCAAGUCCAUACACCCAUCUCUCUAUUUUACAAUGUCAACAACAUUCCCUACAUUUAUGCUAAACACUUUAGAUCAA